AGAAGGCGGCCUCCCGCCGCCUAGAGGUGCCAGCCUGCACGUCCGCUCUGCCCGCCCCACGUCUCUAUGGCGGCCCCAACGGCCGUCCUGGACGCGGAGCGAGAUGAGCGCGGGCGCAGACGGCGGCGGUGGCGCUGCGGUGGCGGUGGGGUCCUCUGAGGGCGGUCCCCUGGAGGAUGGUUUUGUCCCGUCGGCGCUCGGGACCCGCGAGCAUUGGGAUGCUGUCUAUGAGAGAGAACUGCAAACUUUUCAAGAAUAUGGAGAUACAGGAGAAAUCUGGUUUGGAGAAGAGAGUAUGAAUCGACUAAUAAGGUGGAUGCAGAAACAUAAGAUUCCAUUGGAUGCUUCAGUGCUUGAUAUUGGAACUGGAAAUGGUGUUUUCCUGGUUGAACUUGUUGGCAAAAUUUGGUUUCUCUAAUAUUACUGGAAUUGAUUAUUCUCCCUCUGCAAUUCAGCUUUCUGGAAGUAUUAUAGAAAAAGAAGGUUUAUCUAACAUUAAGUUGAAGGUAGAAGACUUUUUGAAUCUUUCCACAAAGCUGUCUGGAUUUCAUAUUUGUAUUGACAAAGGGACUUUUGAUGCCAUAAGCCUUAAUCCUGACAAUGCAGUUGAGAAGAGGAAGCAAUAUGUGAAAUCUCUCUCCAGGGUGUUAAAAGUAAAAGGCUUUUUUCUAAUAACCUCAUGUAAUUGGACCAAGGAAGAGUUGCUAAAUGAAUUCAGUGAAGGAUUUGAACUUUUUGAAGAGCUACCAACACCCAAGUUCAGCUUUGGAGGCAGAUCUGGAAACAGUGUAGCAGCAUUGGUUUUCCAAAAAACGGAGUCGACCACACUGGGCCAUUUUCCAGAAGGGCCCCACCCGAGGCACACGCCAAAGAAGAUGAGUCAAGGACCUACACUAUUCUCUUGUGGAAUUAUGGAAAAUGACAGAUGGCGAGACCUGGACAGGAAGUGCCCUCUUCAGAUUGACCAACCUAGCGCCAGCAUCUGGGAAUGCCUGCCUGAAAAGUGUCAGGAUGGCUCACUGUGGCACCGGGAUGCAGUGACUGCCUGCGCCGUGACUAGCCUGAUCAAAGACCUCAGCAUUAACGACCACAACGGGAACCCCUCAGCACCCCCCAGCAAGCGCCAGUGCCGCUCACUGUCCUUCUCCGAUGAGAUGUCCAGCUGCCGGACAUCAUGGAGGCCCUUGGGCUCCAAAGUCUGGACUCCUGUGGAGAAGAGGCGCUGCUACAGUGGGGGCAGUGUCCAGCGCUACUCCAACGGCGUCGGCACCAUGCAGAGGAGCUCCAGCUUCAGUCUCCCCUCCCGGGCCAGCGUGCUCUCCUCGCCCUGUGACCAGGCAGCAUUCCACCACCGAUUUGGAGGGCAGCCCUGCCAAGGGGUGCUGGGCUCAGCCCCCUGUGGGCAGGUGGGCGACACUUGGAGCCCCGACCCACACCCUGUGGGAGGGGGCCGGCUGGACCUGCAGCGGUCCCUGUCCUGCUCGCACGACCAGUUUUCCUUUACAGAAUACUGCCCACCCUCAGCCAACAGCACACCUGCCUCAACGCCAGAGCUGGUGAGACGCUCCAGUGGGCUUGCCCGAAGCCGCUCCCAGCCAUGUGUCCUUAACGACAAGAAGGUUGGUGUUAAACGGCGGCGCCCUGAAGAAGUACAGGAGCAGAGGCCUUCCCUGGACCUUGCCAAGAUGGCCCAGAACUGUCAGACCUUUAGCAGCCUCAGCUGCCUGAGCGCGGGGAUGGAGGACUGCGGCCCCCAGAGCCCCUUCGCCCUCCACGCCAGCAGCACCAGGGCCUGGACCACCUUGCUCUCGGCCUCUGGCCCGGGGGGCAGGACCCCUGCCGGGACCCCAGUCCCCGAGCCUCUUCCCCACUCCUUCGACGACCAGCUUACCUGCCAGGAGGACCUAUCCUGUGAGGAGUCAGACGGCUGCGCCCUGGACGAGGAUUGCAGCAGGAGAGGGGAGCUGGCCACAGCCUGGCGGGACCAUGGGGCCGCCGGGAACAGCCUCUGCUCCCUGGAUGGCGAGUUGGACAUUGAACAAAUAGAGAACAACUGAGGGCGGUGGGCCCCGCUCAGGGCUGGGGGUGCAUUGAAGUCGAUGGGCCUCCGGUGGCAUUUGAAGGGGGAGCCCAACUCCUGGGCCUGACGAAAGUCUCCUGAGAGGUGCUGGGACCCGGAGAGGGAGCCUGCCCACCUCCCAGGGAGAGGCUGUCUGGCCGCGGUGUCCUGGUUCUGUGAAGGCUAGCCUGGCCACCGCUGUGCAGUGGGGUGUGUCAGCCUCUCUCUAGCUACCCAAGCGUGGUGGCCACCGGUCCACAGAACCACUGCAGCCCGGAGAGCAGCUCUUCAGUUUGGGUCUCUCCGCCUUCUUUCUUGUGGGAUGUCAGGCAGUGUCUGUCAUUUCCCCAGUAGAGCUGGGCGCCUCUCUGCAUCCCCUGACAAGGUUGGCAGAAGGGCCUGGGCUCGGGGCUGGGCCAGGGCUGUCUGGAUGUCAGGCCCUUCUUGGCCUCGCUCAGGUUCAGUGCUGGGGAGUUGGCCCCACAGCUUCUUUCACUCAGUUUUAUUCCGUGCCUUCUCUCCCAGGCCUCCCUGCUUCAGGCUUGGGAAGGUUCCGGAGAUGCUUCCUUCUGUAGUGACACCAGAACCAUUUGGCCUUAAUUCCAAGUGUGGGAGGCAGAGAUUCUGGGGUGCUGGAGUGGCCCUCCAGCAGGUAAGUCCAUGUUUGAACUCUUGGGGUCCAGGGAGCGACUUGGGGUGCUUGUUAGAGGCUGUCCACACUGGGUAGGGAUUUGGUGAAUCUACUGGCUGAAAAGACACUCACUUGCCUCUCCCGUGGCAUGGAGAGCCUGACCUGGGGCUCUGUCACUUUGGGCCUACCUUGGCAAGGCUGGCAGAUGGCAGCUCUUCUCCAUGGCUAACCAGUCACGAAGGGAUUCGUUUAGUUGAUUCAGCUGAGUGUAGAGAUGUCACGAUAAAAAGGCAACCUCUUGAAAACAUCGUCAGGCACUAAGAGCUAUGAACAGGGGCCCAGGAUGGGGGGUGGUCCGAGCCCCCCUGCAGUGUUCCAAGCACAUUCUCAUUUGUUUGGGGGAGCUGCUGGCUUUCAGGCGCACCAUCCACCUUGAGACAGGCCCACACCUGUGUCAGCUGAGGGCCGCCCAGCACUAAGUGCUGCCUUGAGGCCGUGGGCCCAGCCGUGGCACAGAGCUCCAUCCGCGCCGUGCCCUCCCUGGCUCCUCACAGCCGGCGCAGUCCCUGGCAUCGUGAGGGGCUCUGACCCCCGGGGUUUGCUCUGGGGCAGCUCUCCUCCAGCCUGCCUGCAGACAUGCCUGCCACAUGGGCUCUGCUCUCUGGGAAUCUGCCUUUUAGCAAACUUGGCGUCUUCUGCAGACAAUAGCAACUGGGCUGGCUUGUGAGUGAGUGGCACAUUUUCCCAUAAGCUAAAAAUAACCUGUGCAUUCUCUUGAGUUUGCUGCCACGUGAUAAAGGCACUUUUGUAGUCACUUUGCUUUUGCUCGUCUUCUGUGGACGAGUGAAUGCCUCACUUCUGCAGGUUGAGUCCAAAUGGUUCUCACCUUUUUCCUAAAGAAAGACCCUGUUUGGGAAACUUUGUUUAAACCUUCACUUUUUACUACAUCAAAAGGGUGGUGGCUCAAGGUCUGAUGUGUGGGUGGUGUUUCUUAAAAAUCAGCCAUAAGAUGCUUGCAGAAAGCCCCACCCCAGUGGCCCAGGUUGCAGAGCCUGGAUGUGCCAGGUACUGGGCAGGUCCCGGAGCGGGUGAUCAGCUCCCCUGGGUUUGCUGUAGCUCCUACCAGAGGCAUGGCCACCUGGGACCCUGGAAAUCCAAAGCAGGGAGCUGGGGGCUCUGGGUAGAUGAAGGGGUCUUGCCUGAUCUCUGCCUAGUUGGUCCUAUGGACCGUGUCUUCUUAGAGCAUAUCUGGGGGAGGUGGGGGCAGUUGUUGGGUGAAUUGGGGAGCACAUGGCAGUGUGUCAUGUCCUCAGAAAGCCUGGAAUGGGGGGGUCCUGGCACCUGGAGUGGCCACCUGCUGCAGGGAGGAGGGCAGUGCUAGCCCAGGCCAGGCGUGCGGCAGCCCCCAGGUGCCCUUGCUCAGGACCAGGAGGGGCGGCUCGUGGUGGCCAGUGUGAUCAUAGAGCUGUAGUAUGACCUACCCUCAGACCCUGCCUGUCACCUCCCCCUCAGGCCUGGUGGCGGGAAGGACAAGCAGUGCAGUUGGCCAAGUCAUGGCCUCAUUCUGCCCGGGUCCCACCGACCAGCAGGCCCCACCCAGGCGCUGCAGGCAGAGGUGAUCCGGCCCGCGGUAGCGUUUGGCCCUUCCCAGCCUCCUCAGGCCCCUCCUGGCUGUUCCUGCCUCCACACGCAGCAGCAGGUAGGGGAGAAAACGGCAGGUGUCCCUUCUGCUUAGAGGAAGAAAUGGCCUUCAUUUGGUCUCAUGUUUGUCUUUUGACUGGAGAGAGCAGACCCCAUCUGGAAGGUUCCAUCCCCAUCACCUAAGCAGCCGCACUGCCCUCAGAGGCCCAUUCCCGCACUCCGCUCCGCUGGCUCCGGGACGUUUGGUCUUGGACCUCUUGGAGGGAGGCUCGCCCAGGAGACAGUCCCAGGUGGUUGUCCCCAUGGGGCACUGGGUGAUGGGCAGGCUCUCCCCACAGGAAUCUCGCUUUUUCGCAGCCCUGCCCGUGAGUCCUGCCUCUGAGGGGAGACUAAGGAAGAGCAGGGCCAGGCCGCCCACCCGGGCGCCCUGAAGGACGAGAGUGGGCUGUGGCCCCAGGACGGCUGGUUGGGGAGGAGGGGCACGCUGUCACAUGGCAUCCCCACUCCAAAGCCACUCAACUACCAGGAUCUGCGUGUGCCUGUGGGGACCCGGUGGGGCCAGGCCGCGGCCUCCCCGUUUACAUUACCGCCAACCCUCUUGCCUUACACGGUGGAGGCCAGAGCUGGCCCAGGCCCGGGCAGACACCCACCCAGGCCCACAGGGAGCUCGUUCUGACCAGACGUACAGAUUUUCAUUCUCAGAAAGCCUUACUUUUCAAAAAGUUUUUGUAGCAGGAAAGUUUUAUGAAUUUGUACACUGAAAGAAAAUUUAAAUAAAAGUCCGCAUUGAAAAGAAACCCCAAUUUCCCUAUGGGUCUCCUAGCAUGGGGGGUGCGAUCGGCCAUGCCCUGGCUGUGCUGUCUGAGCAGGCUGCCCUGCAACGAGACACGCCCUGGAUCCCUGGGCCCCGUGCCACAGGCGGCUGCGCCCCCGUUUCCGCAGAGGAGGUUACAGUCACAUGUGCUCUGUGGUCACAGGGGUGGUCACCUGAACAAUGACUGCUGAAACACUAGGUGCCUGGGAUGGGGCAGUGCAGCCGAGGGCAGCUGGUGCGGCCCAGGCACUCUGGCCCCCAUACAGGCAAUGAUGCCACACCUUGCCACGUCCACGCUGUUGGUCAAACCUCUCCCACUGGCGCCAGUUUGAGAAAACCAUGCCUCUUUAAAGAAAAAAGAGAAAAAAAUUGUUUUAAAAAAAAUUGCAGACUGAAAUGGAGAUCUUGUAGCCUAGGUAGGAUAGAUAUGACCUUCUAGCAUAGUCUUUUUGGCAAAUGAUUUGUGUUUCCAGUGCGUGGGGGAGAUGUCCUGGGGACGUGGGUGACAGAUGGCACAUAGGCUAUGUCUAGGGUUGUAGCGAGCUUUCCCAAACCAGAUGUUGGUGUUGCAGAGCUUCAGGAAGUGUGGCGACCAGAGGGGCAGUGUCGGGCCAGGGCCAGGCCCUGGCCCUGGGGCAAAGCAGUCUGCAUACUGAGAGCCGGGCCUGUGUCCUGUCCCGCCCCGCCCACACCGCAGCCUGUCCGCCCUGCACAGGCCGCGACUUGCACUAGAGCCGCUCUAGUCUCUCAGGAAUUUGCUUGUUACUUUUACUGUGUAAAUAAAGCUUCCUGGUUCAAUAUCCA